GAUAUCUGAAAGUAUAAUUCUAACAUACGACUCUCUAUAUCCUGAAGUAAAAUAUUUUUUCGAAUGCAAAUUUCUUUUGUCAACAAUGGAAUCAAGCAAAAACGUUAAUAAGAGAAUUAAAUGGCAAAUAUUUUUCAUGUCAAUUUUAGGCCUCUGGCCACUACAGAAAGACAAUUUUUAUCGUAAAUUUCGUGUUGGUUAUUCUCUUAGUCAAUUGAUAAUAGUAACAGUAUCAAUGUUUUAUCAGUUAACAUUAAACUGCGGCGAUAUUGAUGAUACUUUUGACUCUUACUUAGUCCUGAUAUUCAGUAUUUUAAUAUUUAUUAAAAUGUACUAUACGUCUACACGCCGUGAGUAUUUAAAACAGCUGUUAAUUUCUUCAUAUCACGAUUGGGAGUCGAUAAAAGAUACCGACGACAUCGAAUUAAUGGUCAAUAAUUCAGAAAUGUAUAAUAAUAUAUCAUUGCUAAUAUUCAGUUCUGGAUUUGCUUCAGUAAUUUUAUAUGACAUUCAAAGAGUUAUUUUUACCGACAGCAGCGCAAUACCGAUUUUAAAUGAUUACUCAAAUAAAACAAUAUACAAUUACCAGCAUAAAUUUUUAUUACCUGGAAGCUGCAUUUAUGAUGAUGUCAGUAAAAAUUUAUAUUAUGUCGUUCUGAUAAAUCAAAUGGUACAGUCAUUUAUUAUUAUGGCUGGACUUAUUUGCAGCGAUGCCAUGUUUGUUUUAGUCACUAGUCAUAUUUGCGGACAGUUUGAUAUUUUGAUAAAACGAAUGGAAAAAUUCUGUGACAAUGAUUAUGAUUUUGAAAUUAAUGAACAUGAAUUGAUAAUUAUCAUCCAGAGGCAUCAACAUUUGAUAUUUUUAUCAAAUUGUUUGGAAAUUGUUUAUAAUAAAAUUAUAUUAAUGCAAAUGGGAGCAUGUCUUACAUCAUUAAGCUUCGCUGGUGUUGGUUUGCUUAUGAGUAUAAAUGAAAACGAUAUUAUAAUUGCUAUGAGAUCAGUAAAUACGAUAAAUUUUGUGAUACUCGGAAGCUACAUAUACGCUUACCCAGCAGAUAAUUUGUCAAGCAAAGGAGAUGUUAUGCUGAACGCAAUAUAUUGCAGUUAUUGGUAUAAAAUUCCAAUUGUACAUAAAAAUAUUAUUUUCAUGAUGAUGCGUCUUUUUAUCACACCGUACCUUACCGCGGGAAAAUUUUUUAAUUUAACAAACGAAUCAUUUAUGGGUAUCUUAAAAACAGCUUUUUCGUAUUUAUCAGUAUUACGAUUAGUUACAAUGAAAUAAAUACUAUUGCAUAUUGUAGUCUGAAUUCAGUGUGAUUUAAGAUUUUCUAUUAAUAUUGUCAUACACUGUAAAAAAAAACGGUGUUAAAAUGAACUCACAUCACGGUGUAGUGAUGUUACCCUACACGGAGAAAAAUGUUGGCUCAAAACCUACCAAUUUUUAUUAUGCUGUUGACCAAACUUGAAACAGAAAGUGAAGCAUCCAAAAAUUUAGUAUUCUCUUAUGAACAAUU